AUGGCGCCAGCUGUUGUGUUUAAUUCUAGGUCCUUGGACAAAGGUCAAAAUUCAUUAUCGACCGAUCGCUCACUUCCAACUUCAGACUUCCUCUCGCUUCUAAAAGCACAAAAAUUAGACAACUAUUCAGCUAGGAUCUCGGUGGCUAAACGCACUUCACUCCAUCUUUGUCACGCAGUACCGCGUAUAGAUCCGAGGGCUUUGAGUGAUGGCUGUGCGGUUUUGCUUGGGAUUGGAAAUAAGGAGUUCAGAAAAGAUGUACUGGAAGUCAUUAACAUGGCUUUGGCGAGUGAGGGUGCGCAGAGAUCCGUAACCAUUCGUAACCUGGAAUUCGGCUAUAAGCUCACUGUUCAUAUCCAAAAGGCGACUACCAUAAGCAACUAUUCAUGGUGGAAGAAAGAUAUCAUAGCAGUCUUCAUGACAGUCGCUUCUCUCAAAGAGAAAGGGCAUGGGAGUGAGAAAGUGUCCAUCGAAGAAAUGCCUUUGAUAUUUGGAUGUGGACGAGCUUGUGUAAGAUCGAUUGGUCGUUUGGGUGUAAGUUGGGCUGUUGAUAUUUCGGAAUCUGGAGGGGUAGAGAGAAUGGGAUCGGGUUGGAAGCAUAGUGUACUGAGAAGAUUGUGUAGAAAAGGCCUGCGCAAAGACCCAGAAGCAAUUCCGCUGCUUGAGUAG